AUGACAAAUCAGGAUUCUUUCUCAAGCCUCUGGGGCAUACCCAGUGUGCAGUUUUCCGCCACGGCUGCUACUCUGGCUUUGUUGGUCCUUGUGAUGAUCACUCAACUAGCCCUUCGGAUUUACCGUUUAUACAUGCAUCCCCUGAAAUCGUUCAAAGGUCUCACAGAGGCAUGCAUUUCGGAGGACUGGCUAUACAAGGUCACCAAGGACGGCACCGCUGAAGAGCAAUUCGAAGCUCUUCACCAAAAGUUCAACACGAAGGCUCUUCGAAUUGGACCAAACGAGCUUCAUAUUACCGACAUCGAACUGUACAAAGUGAUCUACAAUCAAUCCAAGCCAUUCCUCAAGCAUGCCCCGUUUUAUGAUGGAUUCAACACACCCCACACGGUCUUUGCGGAACUCGAUCCUCACUUGCAUAAAGAGCGCCGACGCAUGCUGAACCCAUUGUUUUCGAAGGUCGGGGUUUACAAGCUGGAGCCUCUGAUUCAUGAGAAGAUAUACACUCUCUCAUCCAAGAUCAACCGUCUCUGUGGCUCUAAGAAUAUCGAUAUUUAUAAUGCAGUUCGCCUCUUGACGACAGAUAUUAUUACAGAAUUUGCUUUCGCAAAAUCAGCUAAUCUCAUCGAAGAGAAGACUGAUGAAAUGGAUUCGUGGUUUCUUGACGCUUUUGAUGUUGGUUCACAAAGUGUGGUCGACUUGCAGUACAAUACAAUUCUUCAGAAACUCGUGGCCGUACUUCCAGUUUGGAUUAGUGAGCUUUUCAACCCUAGGCUUGCCUCUAUUCUUAAUCUCCAAAAGUAUGCCGGAGAAUGUAUGCGACACUGGCAGAUGUCGUCAGGAAGCUCUUCUCACCCUGUCAUCUUCGAUAGCUUAAAGUCAAUUUCGGACGAAGCUAAAGUUUCUGAGGCUAUGGACAUUCUCAUCGCUGGUGCUGAUACCACGGCAUCUACGUUGGCAACUGGAUUCUAUCAUAUUCUUUCCGAUCAAAGGCUCAAAGAACGCCUUGUCAGGGCACUCGAUGUGGCCAUGCCAGAGCCCGGAAAGCUAGUUUCACUGCAAUCAUUGGAGAAAGUGGAAUACUUGACGGCGUGUGUCAAAGAAUCAAUUAGGGUUGGUAUGGCUGUACCUGGUCGCCUUCCUCGUGUCGUUCCCAAUGGGGAUCCAUUCAUUGUCGAGGGACAAGUCGUCCCCCCUGGUACAAUCGUUGGAAUGUCAGCUUACACCAUGCAUAACUCUGUGGAAGCUUGGGGAUCUGACGCCCGCAAAUUCAACCCUGACCGUUGGAUUGGACCCGAGUCCAAGGAUCAGGAGAAAUGGAUGUGCACGUUUUCCAAAGGCGCACGGAUGUGCCUGGGGCAAAAUGUUGCACCGGCUGAGAUUACUCUCGUAUUUGCUUACUUGUUCCGUAAUUUCGAGCUCAGCCUUCCUGAAGGGCACAUGACACCGAAGGGGCUAGAUCGCUUUACCUUACAGUACGAAAUGCCCGGAUUGCCCGUGGUGUUCAAAGCUCGUCAAUAA